AUGGAGGACGCUCCUGUAACGCCGUUGCCACGAAUUAAACUAGGGUCCCAGGGCAUGGAGGUUUCGGUGCAGGGCCUUGGCUGCAUGGCCAUGUCAGCGUUCUAUGGCCCUGCCAAGCCCGAGGCCGACAUGUUGGCGCUCAUCCGCCGUGCAGUUGCGGCCGGCGUGACCCUCCUCGACACCUCCGACAGCUACGGGCCGCACACCAACGAAGUCCUGAUCGGAAAGGCGCUGCAAGACGGCGUUAGAGAGAAGGUGGAGGUGGCCACCAAAUUCGGCAUCUCCUUCGCCGCGGACGGCCGGCGGGAGGUCCGCGGGGAUCCGGAGUACGUCCGGGCGGCGUGCGAGGGCAGCCUCAGGAGGCUCGGCGUGGACUGCAUCGAUCUCUACUACCAGCACCGCGUCGACAUGAGCGUGCCCAUCGAGGUCACGGGCGUAGACGCUUCCGCUCCGCUCUCCAGGAGCCCCGGGGUUGAGCAGUUGUGGCCGGAGUUGGGGAUUGGGAAAGGCGUGGCCGACCGCCGACGUCACGAUUGCAGCGGCGCGUGGCUGACGGCUGGGAGUCGUGGUGGCCUGCCACCUGUGGUCAAUGCAUGGGAGGAGUCCGUGAGCUUCACUGAGCCCAGGUGA